AAUCAGGCCACACUAGCGGUUCCAACAGACGACGGACUCGAUGUGUUCACGUCUUCCCAGUGGGCCAUCGAGACGCAGCGCUCCAUUGGCCAAGUCCUGGGGGUGCCGGACAACACCGUGAACGUGAGUGUGAAGCGUAUUGGCGGCGGCUUCGGCGGGAAGAUCACGCGCGGGAACAUCAUCGCAGCGGCCACGUGUCUCGCCGCCAGGAAGAUGCGCAAGCCUGUGAGGACCGUGCUGGAUAUGGCCACCUGCAUGACCAUGCUCGGGGGGCGGGACCCCUUCUGGAGCACGUACAAGGUCGGUGUCGAUGCUGAGGGAAGGCUACAGGCUGUGCAGGCUACGAUGACGAGCAAUGCAGGCUACGUGAAUGUCGACCCUAACAACACCGUCUCCCCCCCGUCUGUGCCCUCCUGCUACAACUGUCCGAACUGGGAAAUUACACCUGUCACCGUGCUCACUAAUACGCCCAAUAACACCUGGACUCGUACACCAGGAACCACCGAAGGCGUUACCCUGAUGGGAGACGAUCAUCGAGCACGUGGCCGUCGCUCUUAAUCUGGACCCUCUCCUGGUACGCCAGAGGAACCUCAUGUCGGAUGGCUCAUUCAGACGUAUUAGCGAGGGAGUUUUUCGCCUUCGCUGCGGCAGGGGUGGACAAAACGCCAUCGCCAUACCCAAGCAGGUCAAGGUGGAGAGGAACAUCAUUGGCGACAUGCUGACCCAGCUGAUGUCCAGCGCCGACGUCGAGAACCGAAAACAGAUGGUCGACAACU